GUAUGGCCAAGAUGUAUGGAGGAGGAUGCCAGACUGGAGAUGGCUGCUACAAUGACUAUGUCCGAACCAGCUGAUUAUGCUCUCUGUGAGAAAUUUGAGGCCAAUAUGUUUGCCAAGAACCGAUGCCAGAAUUGUUUGCGAACAAUCACUGCUCAUCAACAUGGUAACCAGGUAUUCAGAAAAGAUGUCAUAAACCUUCCUAAUUGUAUUGCUAGUACCAAAGACUCUGAUCCUGGUGAUCCAUGGGACCCCUUGUGCAUUCUAGCAUCCCAGUGUAAGGUCUACCUAUAUGUGGGCUCUGAAGACAGAAGAGAAAGCCGGCAAGAAAACGUGGAGUACACCCAGCUCAACUGCAGCAAUGAAGAAUCCAAAGCAGAAAAUAUAUGCCCUGAUGCCAGCAGUACGCCCAGCACUGAUGCAGAUGGCAAUGCCAUCCUUAGUGAUGACCAGGAAAUGACUAGACUGCUCAGCAACAUUUUGGAAUCUGAAAAAGAAAACUCACUACACAUCGCAAGUCUGAAGAAAAAGGUACAGUCUGAAAACUUGCACUCUGAUAGGCACAGAUGGGCUGAGGCAACAUCCUGUAGAAGAACAGUAUCCUGGAGUUGUCUAAAACCAGAAUACAGGGCUUUGAGCCAGGAUUGUGGGGACAGCAAGAGGAAGCAUCAAGCUGAGAGUGGCUAUUUCUCUUUGGAGUGUUGUAAAUCAGAGUCAAAUUGGAUCUCUUCUGCUUCCUGUCCUAAUCAUAGCAUGUUGCCUGCCCCUAGCAAUGCCACAGGAGCAAGCAAGUGGACUCCUUCCUCCCUCAGCUUGGCAGAUUCAGAGCUGAACUGGCACAAGGGUGGCAGCGGUGAGGGCCGGUGUGGGCUGAUAAAGCAGAACUAUACAAUCUUGGCUGACUUACCCAAGACAAAACGGCUCCAUCAUCAGGAGGCUUUUGAAAAAGAGCACAGACGUGCUCGGAGUCCAGGCCGAGCAGAGGUGGAACGGAUUUUUGGGCAGGAACGCAGGAAGUCAGAGACACUGGAAGUGUUCCAGGCGCUGGAAGAGGGCCUCCUGGAACGUUUGGAUAGCAAGUCCUUGAAGCUGGCCAAGGAAGGGCGAUUAGUCAGAAGGCGGUCGAGCCCCACCCUGUGCCGAGAAGUAAAGAAAAGAUUUCCACAGGAGCUAGAUCAGCCCAGGAAAAGAGAAUCUCUUUGCAUAGGAAGAGCAGAACAGCAACUCAAGAUAAGUAGCCAGAGCCAUGGUGAAUCCUUGCAUUUAAGGAGCCCAAAUCAGCAAUUGGAGAGAGAAAUUCAAAGUAGAAGGAUGCCUCUGUACUCAGCAACUUCAACGUCUCAGAAGAUGGAGAGAGAAGGAAGGAAAUUGGAGGAACUUGUGUCCCGUCUGAGUUCCAGUGCAGAAAGGGUUGCCCUUUGUCCUACGAGUCAUGGGAAGCAAGUGGAUAAUGAUAAAAAGAGGCGAGCGGAGAUCUUGCAUCACAAGAGCCCUGGGAAGAAUGGCACAGAUACUAGAUGGAAAAGCAGUCCAAGUACCUUGCAUACUGCUGAUCCUUCAAAGACUUUGGAUAAGAAUCAAGCAAGACUCACAAGGCAACUAGAUAGGUAUAAAGAAAGUGACCGGAAGGCACGAGGAAAACCUUUGCUCCUUAUAGGUACAGUUGACCAGCCAAGAAAGGACAGAAGAGACUCCCAAGAAGUUGUUUGUGCUGUUGACUCAAGAAGUGAAACUGCAGCUAGAGGGAAAGGGGGACAGCCAUUGGUUUGUUCAAGGUUUGGGCAUGAUCAGUCCGGAGUCCAAGAAGUGAAAAAGUAUUCUUUUAAUCCUAGGAAACAAAUGGGAAUCGGUUUGAAAUGUCCUAGUGCAACUGUGAAUAGCUCUAGUCCUGGAAUAUCUGCUAGUAGAAGCAAAAGAGAUAUCCGAAACUCUUGCAGCCCAGGGAGAUGCAAGGAAGACAAUGGGAACAGCAUGAGAGAGCACAGACAUUCUCCAAAUCCUGGGAGUUUGAUGGAAAGUAGCCAAACAUGCCUUGAGCAGGCAAGAUGCUGUGUUGCUUCACAGCAGCACCUAGAGAAUAACUGGAAAAGUCGAGGGGAAGCCAGGAGUGUAAGGGCCAGUGCCAGUAGUGAUGGGCUGAGCAAAAGAGACCAUUCAGUUGCUUUCACUCCUAAGAAGGAGAAUGACUGGAAGGGUUGUUGCACGUCCUUUAGCCCCACAGACCCUACAGUUUUUGGACAGAAAGGGAUGGUCCAAGAAGCUUUUGCACACUCCAUCAAACCAGAGACUGUCCCAAGAAUCCAAGAAAGCUCCCAGAGCCAUGUACAUCCAAUGCCAUCCUUGGAAAAAGAGUGGGUAAGCCAAGGGGAGUGCUUCCAUUCUGCCAAGCCAAGGCAGCAACAGUUGGAGGAAAGCAGGAAAAACCAAGGAACUCCAGUAAAAUGGGCAGAGGAUGAAUGGAUAAAGUGGCAGAGGUCUCCCAGUCCUUCAACAGCAGAGAAGCAUCUGGGAAAUAAUAAGGAAAAACUUUUCUAUCUGAAGCAGCAAGGCGAAGGGCAUAUUGCAACAAGUGCUUGUUCUUCUAGACGUCAAAUCCUUUAUCUGGACUCCAGUAAGAAACAUAAGCCAGAUCUUCUGAAUUUCAAGAAGGGAUGGAUGUCCAUAUUGGAUGACCCAGGAGAGUGGACAAAGCACUGGUUUGUGCUGACAGACUCGAGUCUGAAGUACUACAGGGACUCCAAUGCUGAAGAGGCAGAUGAGCUAGAUGGAGAAAUUGACCUACGUACUUGCACCGAUGUGACAGAAUAUGCAGUGCAGAGGAAUUACGGCUUCCAGAUACAUAUUAAAGAUGGUGUUUUUACGUUAUCUGCAAUGACAUCAGGAAUCCGCCGGAAUUGGAUUGAGGCUCUAAGGAAGAGUAUUCGACCAGCCAGUGUGCCUGAUGUCACUAAGCUAUCUGACCACAACAAGGAAAACUCAUUCUGCAACAAUAAAUCCCCCAAGAGUUCCUUUCGAACCGAGCUGCAGCCCAACACUGGAAGUGAGGUGAUAUCCAGAGCUGGCAGCAGGAAGGCUGAAGGGCAGCAACCAGCUUUUGACUAUGUUGAGUUAUCCCCCUUACAACAGCGAUCAGCUUUAAAUCAGGGGUCCCCUCAGCGGUCAAGAGGGAGCACAAGAAGUUCAGAUGGAGGAGUCAAGCGGGAAGAGUUGGAGCGGGACCUGGCCCUCCGCUCGGAAGAGAGGCGCAAGUGGUUUGAGUCUUCGGUCAGUGGAGGCCUGCAAACAGAUGGCCCAGCAGAGAAUCCUUGUCCUAAGAAACCUCAGGGGACUCCUCUUACUGAGGCUCAGAGGAGUCGGCUAAGUGAAGACAUUGAGAAGAAGUGGCAGGAGCUGGAACGUCUGCCUCUAAAAGAGUCCAAACGAGCUCCGCUGAUGGUGCUGCUGAACCAGGGCAAAGGGAACCCUGAGGAUGCAAGUGAGGCACUGGAGAAAGAGGUCCAAGUCCUGAGGUCACAGCUGGAGUCCUUGCGUUCCCAUAAUGAGGCAAACCUCCAUAAAAAUGGGCAUGUGCCCCAAGGAUACAUUUCUCAGGAGGCAUGUGAGCGCAGUUUAGCAGAGAUGGAAAAUUCCCAUCAACAGGUCAUGACAGAAGUACAGCGGCAUCACCAGUGGGAGAUGGAGCGGUUGCGGCAGGAAAAAGAGCGUCUUUUGUCUGAAGAGGCAGCUGCAACGGCUGCAGCAAUUGAAGCUCUGAAGAAGGCACACAGGGAAGAAAUGAACAAGGAGUUGGGCAGAACACGUAACUUUCAGAAAGGGUUUUCAGAUCCAAAUGCGCUCCAGCAACAGCAUCGGUCUGAUGUGGAGUCUCUGAAGCGGGAGUUGCAAGUGCUUUCAGAACAGUAUUCCCAGAAGUGCCUGCAGAUCGGGGGCCUGGUACAGAAGGCAGAAGAACAGGAACAAAUGCUGCAGCGUUGUCAACAGGAGGGGAAAGACCUGCUUCGGCAAAACCAGGAGUUGCAGAAGCGUCUGUCAGAAGAGAUUGGCCAGUUACGAGACUUCAUUGCUGCUCGGGGCUCACGUGACGGUGCUUCACACAAUGAGAAGAGUUCUUGUGAGCUAGAGGUGCUUCUCCGAGUGAAGGAGAAUGAACUCCAGUAUCAGAAACAAGAAGUCCAGUGUCUGAGGGAUGAACUCCAAAUGAUGCAGAAGGACAAGAAGUUUGCCUCAGGGAAGUACCAUGAUAUCUACCUGGAGCUGAAUCACAUCAAGCAACGGUCAGAACGAGAGAUUGAACAUUUGAAAGAGCAUCUGCGCCUGGCCAUGGCAGCCCUAGAAGAGAAAGAGAUGCUGCACAACAAUAUUGGUUAGUUACUUUUCGAUGCGCCAUUUCAGAGAAGAAAGCAGCAUUCCUUUCCAGGAGCACUGGGCGAGACUUUACCAAAUAGCCAUCACAUGCAUCUGCAUCACUUGGGCAUGUUAUGGGCUGGAUCCUACCACUAGCACCUUUUUGGGACUCUAUACAUGAAAAUAAUUUUUAUAUUUUGGGGGAUGGGGUUGGGGAUAUGUUUUAAAAUCUUAUACUUAAGUUUCCCAGCAGUUAACCACAAAGACGGACCAGAUAUUUCUCCCUAAAGUUCCUUUAGAUUUAAUUGUUCCUUCUCCCAAAUAUUUAGCUGUAUUUACAUUAAAAGUAUUUAUCUGCUUUCAGUUUUCUUCCAAAUGGAGAAACAAAAUCACACAACCCUCAACUUCAGGUUGUACAGUGUUGCUUCACAGCAAUCCAUGUUGGAGAUAUGCUGUGCCGAAAGAAUGUUGUAUUAGUUACAUUGUCAAUGGUUUGUCCAAAGACCAUACAGAGUUUAUGUUUAGGACCUAUGAGUAGCAAUUGUUUCAGAACAACGGAAGAUUUUUUU